UGGGAAGACCCUAUAAUGUGAAUUGGCUAUUACAAGUGUACUGUACAAAAGUAGCCAUAUUUAGCGGGAAACCAGCUUAAUUAAUUCGGAUAUCUUCUAAAUGGAUUGUUUUGGAUUUACAGCUGAUUAACAAACUACGGUUUUCCAAUGGGAAGGACUUCGAAGGACAAACGUGACAUAUUCUAUAGGUUGGCCAAGGAGCAGGGAUGGCGGGCGCGGAGUGCCUUCAAACUUUUGCAGGCGGAUGAGACGUUCCGCCUUUUAGAAGGUCUCACACGAGCCGUUGACCUGUGUGCUGCUCCCGGCAGCUGGUCCCAGGUUCUGGCCAAGCGCAUCUACGAACCCCUUGGGCCGAGUGAGCGGAAAAAGGUGAAAAUCAUCGCAGUUGACUUGCAGGGCAUGGCGCCUAUAGAGGGCGUUACACAGCUGCGGGCGGACAUAAGUAAGAAAUCGACAGCGGAGGCCAUCAUCAAUUUUUUUGGAGGAGACAAGGCUCAGAUAGUGGUCAGCGAUGGAGCUCCGGAUUCUACCCGCAUGCAUGAAUUCGAUUGCUAUGUCCAAAGUGAGCUGAUCCUCUCCGCUUUGAGCAUUGCCACUUAUGUGCUGGAAACGGGAGGCUCCUUCGUGGCGAAGAUCUAUCGAGCGGAUAACAUCAGUCGCGUUUACACCCAGCUAAAGCGUUUCUUCCAGGAUGUGUGCGUGUUCAAACCUUCUGCGUCGCGGAAUUCCAGCAUUGAGGCCUUCGUGGUGGCAAGGCAGUUUUGUUUGCCCGAAGGUCACAAGCUUUGCAAUCUGACCUCCGAAUGGCACGAUCAUCCCGAGGCGUCGUGGGUGGUAAGGUUGAAGGGAGACCCUCCCAUCGUCCACGUGCCCUUUGUUGCCUAUAAUGGUGAUCUAGACUCUGAUCGCACCUAUGAUUUGGGUGAAAACUAUGUAUACAGGGAGGCAGUGCAGCAGCCACUGACAGCCGCUUAUCAGGAGGUUUUGAAGAAAACCGGCAAGGUGAAUCUUAAAUACAAGCCCAUCAAAGUUGUUCACGACAAUGAAUUGUACGUAGAUUGGAGAAAAGCAGCAUCUGACGAUGCGGUUUCAGAUAACAAGUAGCAGGAGUUUGAGGUGGCAAAAAGUAAUGAUAAGGAAACCUAAGAAGUGAUGAGGGACUUGUGCGUUCUUGAUGCUAAUUCCAAUAAAAAACUUUUUAUUUACAA